AUGGCUCAAGCACCGCCCACAUUCACCCCGGACAGCGAAUUCGCCGAGCUGGAAACCCCUCGAUGCCCUAACAAUGGGAGUCUUUCGAUAAUGGCCAUGGCUCGAUUCGAGUUCGAGGCUGGUAGGGGUAACGAUGGCACUAAAAUCUUGAUGAUUGAGUGGGAGGAUGACGAUCUCACCCGAUCUGCGAUGGAUGGGGCGUGGCAUGUCUCAUGGGCCGGCAAAACAUCCCCGAUGCCCACUGAUGAAAGGCCGAGUGACAGUUUGCGCCGUUGCUACUUCUUGCUCCCGCCCAAUACUACCAUUCCUCCCGUUGUCACUCUGUCAUAUGAACCCAAGUCCUCGGCUUCAGGUUCGGCUGAUAACACUGUGCCUGCCCCCACGAGGCCACAAGACAUCUUCCGGCUUAAUCCUCUCCCCGCCAUUUUCCCUCCUGAAUUGGGUGCGACGGGACGCACAGCUGGCAAGAAGGGCGUUCUGCAUACCAUCUGGGCAAAGAAACGCCUGCAGGUUCUUGAAAGCGAGAUCGAGGAGGAAUCACGCAACAAUGUGGAAGGAAUCGCGCUGCUCAUGGCGAUUCAGGAGAAGGAGUGGAUUGAGUUGAACUUUGGAAUAGGCUCACGCGCCGUCGACUCUGUUGCUAGUAGCCAUGACUCGGCGAAUUCAUCCUCCGUGUAUCCCGCCACACCGGUGUCACCUGUCAGCGGUAGGAAGCUGAGUGACAAACUCAAAGGACUGAAGCUGCAGACCAGCGAGAGGGAUCUAUCAGGAAGCAGUUCGCAUGGAGCAUCGCUUCUUUCCCCGCAGUCGCCUGAUGUUGCAGUUUCCUCUUUCAGCUCGUUCCGUAACGUCGCUAAUAGAUACAUACACUCUAUGCCAACCCCUAACACCAACCCCACCCCUACUCCAAGCUCUCACAUUAACCUCUCGGGCCCCGAAUCGCUGAAACCCAUUGCACUCUUCCCGCCUGACUUCCUCCAGGAGACUCAACAGGCCAGCGAGCCCACUGGGUUCACAGCAAUGGGCGCAACGAUGGGCGCAAUCUCGCGCACUCCGAGCAAUGAUUCUGGCGAGGAAUUGUUCGCCAAGGCACUGAGCCCACGCUCACCGGAUCUCCCUCGGAGCCCAUUCUCAUUCCGUUGA